AUGUCUAUCGCCAAAUCUGCUGCCAACAAGCUGGACUGGGCCAGCGUGAUCUCAUCCCUGAAGCUCACUGGCAAGACUGCCACACAAUUGACCUCUUUCAAGAAGAGAAACGAUGAGGCCCGCAGAAAGCUGCUGGAGCUGCAGGCGCAGCCUACGGCCGUGGACUUCAGCUACUACCGCUCCGUCUUGAAGAACUCGGAGGUUGUGGACAAGAUCGAGUCUUUCUACAAGUCCUACAAGCCCGUGACCGUGGACGUCAAGAAGCAGCUCUCGACCAUUGAGGCGUUUGAGUCCCAGGCGCUCGAGAACGCCAAGGAGACCGAGAAGUUCGUCGCACAGGAGCUGAAGGAUCUAAGCGACACUUUGAAGAACAUCGAGUCCGCAAGACCUUUCGACCAGCUGACCGUGGAGGAGCUGGCCAAGGCCAGACCUGACAUCGACGCCAAGGUCGAGGAGAUGGUCAAGAAGGGCAGAUGGGAGGUUCCAGGCUACAAGGAAAAGUUCGGUGACCUUACCGUUAUGUGA